ACUAUUUGCAGGACAGCGGUAGUAAACAUGGCGUUGUAGUCUGCGCUUCAUAAUAAAAAUAUUUAUCUUAUUUAAAGUUUUCGUAACCAAUAAAAAUGCUGUGGUGAAAAUUUAUUUCUGACAUUGCCGCUGCUUCAAACAGAUUGCGAGAAUGGGGACCGAAGUGCAAGUGGCCAAUAUUUUGAAUGACUUCAUGCGGACUGAGGCACUAGAGGAGGGCUUGAGCUGCUUCCUAGUUCAAAGACCAGAAACAGACAGAAUGGUUUCUUUGAAAAGUGAACUGAGUGGUAUUCUUUCUGGGCUUCCUCAAAAAGAUCAAGAGGCAGGAGUCAAGCAAUACUUAAGCAUUGCUUCAGUAAUGACAAACUCUACCCGGCUUCAGCUUUUGUUGAAGGUUCUUCACGAUCUUGUUCAGAAAAAAGUACUCCAAGCUCUGGUGGUAUGUGACUGCAUCUUGAGCUCUGAGAAACUUACCUACAAAAACAGUGUCUUCUGGAUUGAAAGUUUUAAUCUGAUCAGAAAAAUUGUUGGGAGUGUUGAUUACAAGGGAAUUCGAGAUGUCAUGAAAAUAUGCCGAGAGAAAUUUGGGACAUUACCUGUCAGACUGACCCCUUCAGUCAUGCCACAAGUGAAAGCUUUGGAGAGCGUUCUGGAACUCCUAUUUGAUCGCAGUGCCUGUUUGUUGCCAGCUUACCUUUUGCUCAAUGAAGUUAUUAAAGUUUAUCCAGAUGGGAAGAACUGCCCUCACUGGAAACUAGCUCCACUUAUGUCUAAUUUGAUAGAGACUUUCAGACCAACAGCACAGAUGAUUUCCAUCAUUGGUCAAUGGAAAAUGUUACCUGUCGUCCCUGGUGUGGCUGUUUCAGAGCAGUAUGCUCUCCCAUGGAAGUUAGAUUCAACCACCUUGAAACUACCUCUGAUGGGAUUGCUUCCAUAUGAUCCUCAUUUACUUGAGCCACAGACUGCACUUUUGCAUCGAGUCUUGGACCAACCAUAUAGCAGAGACAUGGUGUGCACAAUGCUGGGGUUACAACGUCAGAAGCAACGCUGUGUGGCUCUGGAAAAUCAACUUGUUGAGUUAAUCAUGGUGUCUAUGGAAAGAACAGAGACUGAAAUUCAUGCAGAGGAAGGCUCUCAUUGGAAAUGGCUUCACUUGUCUUCACAAAUUAUAUUUUUUGUCUUGUCUCAUUAUGCUAACUUCAACACUUUGUGUCAAAGUCUUCAUGACAGGCUUGCUGUCAGAACUGAUUUGAGAAAAGGGAGAGAUCACUUGAUGUUUGUGAUGCUACAGUUUGUCACUGGGGCAAUACAGAAGAACCCUUUGAGUCAGUUCUUAUGCCUCCUUAAACUAUAUGAUCUUCUAUAUCCUGAAAAAGAACCUCUACCAGUCCCAGAUAUUAAUGAUUGCUUGUGCACUCAUCAAAUGGCUGCUUGUUGCAUUUGGAUCCACUUUUUCAUAAAGGCUGAUGAUGAAAAAACAAGUCUACAUCGGCCCAUACCCCCUGCUUUGCGCGGUCAGCAUAGUUUCAUCCAGCAUUUGCUACCUUUGAAAUUGGUCCUGACUAAAGGUUGUGACUUCAGACUGGCUCUUUUGUGCAAUGCUUUUUCAAAUCACAAGGAACACUUCACUCGUCCGAUGGCUUCUCUAGUUGAUUCAAUCAAACAUCCCAAUAAUUCAAAUCCGUCUCAUCCAGCACCACCACCUGUCCCACUGUCAAUGAGUAUGCUAGAUGCUAUGACAACACAUUGUAAAAUGACAUUGAUACACCACAUUGUCAACCACAUUGUGAAGGCUGCCAAAACAAAUAUGCCUCUGCCUCCAGCUCUUGUUGAGACAUACAGUCGUUUGUUGGUUUACACUGAAAUAGAAUCAUUAGGUGUAAAAGGAUUUAUGAGUGAUGUCCUUCACACUGUAGUGAAAUCUCACUCUUGGGGUAUUCUGUAUACCUUACUGGAAAUGUCCAGCUAUAGAAUGCAUCACAUACAAGCACAUUAUCGUGUCCAGCUUCUAUCCCAUUUACAUAAUUUAGCUGGUGCACCACAAACCAAUCAAACUCAGCUCCAUUCAUGCAUGGAAAGUACAGCUCUCCGUUUGAUUACUGGCCUAGGGAGCAGAGAAGUACAGCCAGAGUUGUCUCGAUUCUCAAAUGAACCCAAGAAGCUUGUUUCUGCAGAAUCAGAAGAACUUAACCGAGCAUUAGUGUUGACUCUAGCUCGGUCCAUGCACAUCACUGGAACUGGCACUGACAUGAGUCAAAAUGUGUGGUUCAAAGACCUUCUUAACACCAUAAUGCAGAACACACCUCAUACAUGGGCAAAGCAUACUUUGGAAUACUUCCCACCUGUUCUAAAGGACUUUUUCGAACAAAACCGCAUGCAAACAGAAAGUCAGGUCUCAUUGAAGAAAGCAGUUGAUGAGGAGUAUCGAAAUUGGGCUUCAAUGAACAAUGAAAACGACAUUAUCACUCAUUUCUCUGAGCCUGGAACACCACCUCUUUUCCUUUGUCUUCUUUGGAAGGUCAUAUUAGAGACAGACAGAGUCAACCCUAUUGCUUACAAAAUAUUGGAAAGAAUCGGAGCCAGAUCUCUCUCCAAUCAUCUUCGCAAAUUUUGUGAAUAUUUUGUCAAUGAACUUAGUGCAAGCUCUACUAGUGGUAUGCAACAGAUUCACGUAAAUAAGUGUGUGGAUGCUGUGAACCGGAUGAUCUGGAAAUAUAACAUCAUUACCAUUGAUCGCCUGGUGCUGUGUUUGUCAAUGAGACCUCAUGAAGGCACAAUGUCCUAUUAUAUCAUCCAGAUUCUACUCUUGAAGGACAAAGAAUUUCGCACAAGAGUUCAAGAAUUUGUUCGAGAUAAUUCUCCUGAACAUUGGAAGCUAUCCAACUGGUAUGAAAAGCAUUUAGCGUUUCACAGAAAAUAUCCAGAAAAUUUUGCCUCAGAAGGAACAAACGAUCAGUCACAGUCUGGUGGGACUAUAAAUCAAUACUCUCUUCCUGUUUACUUUGGAAACGUGUGCUUAAGAUUUUUACCUGUUUUUGACUACCUGAUUCACCGCUAUCUUGAAAUGCCCUCUGUCAACAAGUCUCUUGAAUCGGUCUUGGAACACCUUGGGUGUUUGUACAAAUUUCAUGAUCGUCCUGUAACAUACUUGUAUAAUACCCUUCACUACUAUGAAAUGAAAGUUCGAGAUAGGCCAAGUCUAAAACGCCGCUUGGUCCUAGCAGUCCUUGGGUCUUCACUGGAAAGCAAACCCCUUGGCUUUGGCUUAAGUGAGAAAGCUCAGCUGUACAUGCAAGAAUCAGCAGAAAAUUUUAAUCCAGAGCUGAAUUAUUACAUGUGGCUCAUUCAACGAAUAUGUGAUACAAUGUCGGGAAAGACUCAGCUUCAUACAGACUGGCGGUUUAAUGAAUUCCCCAACUCAGCAUCACAUGUUUUAUAUAUUACAUGUGUAGAGCUAAUGGCUCUUCCAAUGUCUCCCUCAGUUGUAGGAAACAGCUUGCUUGAUGUUGUUACUAAGGGGUAUACUGUGAUUCCACCCCAGCAAAUAAUGAACUGGAUAAAUGCCAUAGGACUAGUGAUGGCAGCACUGCCAAAUGCUUACUGGCAGGCUCUUAAUGAACGAUUGGUUUCAAUUAUGAAUUGCCAACAAAUGAUGCACUGGCCCUAUCGCAAUUCACCAUUUCAAAUGUUUAAUUUUCAAGACACACAUGAUUCCAUGCUUGAAAACAAGUUUUCCUAUGUACUUGCAUUAGCCCAUUCCGUUUGGCAUCAUGCUGGGUGCGGACAAAUAGCUCUAUUACCACAGUUAGUGAGAGAGAAUCUUUAUCCCAUCAUUCGCACAGAAGAGCAGCUUCUCUUCUUAUGUCACCUGAUUGGGCCUUUCUUCCAACGAUUUAACAAUGACUACAGUGUCCAUCUCAUAACAGAAUUAACUACUGUUUUAUAUGAAUCAAUAGAACAAGUUGAUAGAAGUGUUUCCGAAUUUCAUCACAUGGACAUAAUAUGUGACCUGCUUUACCACAUAAAAUAUAUGCAUGUGGGGGAUGCAAUCAAAUCUGAACUAUUAACUAUUGUCAAAAGAUUGCGUCCGCAACUACAGAUGAGACUUCGAUUUUUAGUCCGUCUUUCUCUAGACGAAAUAAAGGGGUAUUAACUUUCUUUUGCAUUUGUACAUUAGUAGUAGAGUAAUUUGAAUAUAAUGUAAAUAAUGAAAUUUAUGGUAUACCUUUUUAAAUUUUAUUUUGUUUUUAUUUCUUUUUAAAGUGCUGGCUAAAUAAUUUUUUAAUGUAAAAUGUUGCCUGUUAAGCAUUGUCCCCUUAUUGGUCUCUGUGUUUCUGAACGAUGAUGUCAGUUCAUUUCUUAUCAUCAGGUAGAUGGUUAUUUAUAUAUUUAUCAACUCUUUUAUUUGUGUGGAAGACCUGUGAUGUAAAUACUGUCUGCUAUUAUGUGUCUUCUAUGCAAUACAAUUUUUAGUGAUUAAAUAAAUGUGAACUGAAUGA